AGCUGCUUGCCGAGCGCGCCGCGCCUCCAGCCUUCCCCUCCCGGCCCCAGUCCCGGGCUGCGCGCUGCACCAGGAGGGCGCAGCGGGGCAGGCUCCCGGGUUCAUGGAGAUCGUGCGGCGGAGACAGAGGGGGAAGCCCCGGAGCUGAUGCGUCGCCUUUGCUUCUUGGGGAUGAAAGAAUGAUGUGAUGGAGGUGAAUAUGGGCUGCUGGUCAGGCACAAGACCCCCAUUGUCUUGCCUCACCAUCCUGCUUGUCAAGCUUUUGGCCUGCGUUUGCCAGGGGCUUCAAGGGACAAUACCACUCGGCUUUCACUUUACGCAUUCCAUUUACAAUGCUACAGUGUACGAGAACUCUGCAGCCAGGACCUACGUCAACAGUCCAAGUAGAAUGGGUAUUACACUGGCAGAUCUUUCAUGGGAUAUCAAGUACAAGAUAGUGUCUGGCGAUGAUGAAGGCUUUUUCAAAGCAGAAGAAGUCAUAAUUGCUGACUUCUGCUUUCUCAGAAUAAGAACUAAAGGUGGGAAUUCUGCUAUAUUAAACAGAGAAAUCCAAGAUAACUAUUUAUUGGUAGUAAAAGGGUCUGUCAGAGGAGAGGACUUAGAAGCAUGGACAAAAGUGAAUAUCCAGGUUUUGGAUAUGAAUGAUCUAAGACCUUUGUUUUCACCAACCACUUACUCUGUAACGAUAGCAGAAAGCACUCCUUUAAGGACUAGUAUUGCACAGGUGACAGCCACAGAUGCAGAUAUUGGGUCCAAUGGCGAAUUCUAUUACUACUUCAAAAACAAAGUUGAUCUCUUUUCAGUUCACCCAACUAGCGGAGUUAUCUCUUUAAGUGGCCGGUUAAACUGUGAUGAGAAAAACAGAUAUGACCUUGAAGUUCUGGCUGUGGAUCGUGGGAUGAAACUUUAUGGAAACAAUGGAGUAAGCAGCACUGCCAAGCUUUAUGUUCAUAUUGAACGUAUAAAUGAACACGCCCCAACCAUAAGUGUGGUAACCCACAUACCCUUUCCAUUAGACAAGGAGCCUACGUAUGCUGUUAUUAACAUUGAUGACCUAGAUGAAGGAGCUAAUGGAGAGAUUGAAUCUGUUUCCAUCGUAGCUGGAGAUCCCUUAGAACAAUUCUUUCUGGCUAAGGAGGGAAAAUGGAUUAAUGAGUACAAAAUCAAAGCGAGAAAACCCAUUGACUGGGACAACUUCCCCUACGGUUACAAUCUUACUCUCCAAGCAAAGGACAAAGGGUCUCCUCAGAAGUUUUCUGCAGUCAAACUGGUCCACAUCGCUAGUCUCAAGAGAGAAACUGUCCCAGUAAAGUUUGAAAAGGAAGUUUAUGAUGUGUCAAUCAGUGAAUUUUCCCCUCCUGGAGUAGUGGUAGUUAUAGUUAAGUUGGUGCCUGAACCACAGGGUGUGGAAUAUAUAAUAUCUCCUAAUCAGGAUGCUGAGUAUUUUAAGAUUAAUCCCACGACAGGUCUUAUUAUCACUGCUCACCCUUUGAAAAUCAUUGCGAAGGAACUCUAUGAGUUAGAAGUAGUAAACAAAGGCGGUGAUUUAAAAGCACAAGUUAUUGUCAGGUUAGAAGAUGCGAAUGAUCACACUCCAGAGUUCACACAGCCUUUGUACAGCUCCUUUGUCAAUGAAAGUGUUCCUGUAGGAACCAGCGUUUUGUCUGUUUCAGCAUUUGACAAGGACAGGGGAGAAAACGGAUACAUAACAUACAGCAUUGCCAGUCUGAAUUCACUGCCCUUUUCGAUAAACCAGUUUACUGGUGUUAUUAGCACCUCUGAAGAACUGGAUUUUGAGUCUUCUCCAGAGAGCUACAGGUUCAUUGUCAGAGCCUCCGAUUGGGGUUCGCCGUACCGUCAUGAAAGUGAGGUUAAUGUCACUAUAUACAUAGGCAAUGUCAAUGAUAACAAGCCAUUGUUUGAGAAAGUGGCUUGUCAGGGAGUGAUUUCAUCUGACUUUCCCAUAGGUGGUCACAUCACUGCUAUAUCUGCCAUAGAUAUAGAUGAGCUAGAAUUAGUGAAAUACAAAAUAAUCUCUGGAAAUGAUCUUGGAAUUUUUUAUUUAAAUCCUGACUCCGGUGUGCUGCAACUUAAAAAGUCUCUUGUUAAUUCUGGCAUAAAGAACAGCAAUUUCGGCCUUAAGAUCACAGCUACAGAUGGAGAGAAUUUUGCUGAUGCCAUGUUCGUUAACAUUUCAAUAGUACAUGGGAAAGUGUCUUCAAAGACCUUUAGCUGUAGAGAGACUAGAGUUGCUCAGAAGCUGGCAGAGAAAUUGCUCAAGAAGGCAAAAGCAAAUGUGAAGCUGAAUUUGGAAGAUGGCUUCCUUGAUUUUUAUUCGAUUAACAGACAAGCUCCACACUUUGAUAAAUCCUUUCCCUCUGAUGUAGUGGUUAGAGAGGACCUUCCAGUUGGUGCUAGCAUCCUGAAAAUAAAAGCCUAUGAUGCGGACUCUGGAUUUAAUGGGAAGGUUGUCUAUACAAUUUCUGAUGGAAAUACAGAUAGUUGCUUUAACAUUGACAUGGAAACAGGGCUUCUUAAAGUUCUUAUGCCCAUGGACCGAGAGAAAACAGAGCUGUAUCUCCUUAACAUUACAAUUUAUGAUUUAGGUAAUCCCCAGAAAUCUACAUGGAGACUAUUGACUGUUACUGUAGAGGAUGCAAAUGAUAACAGUCCUGUUUUUUUACAGGAUAGUUACUCAGUUAAUAUUUUAGAAAGCAUGAGUAUUGGUACAGAAAUGAUCCAAGUGGAAGCUAGAGAUAAAGAUCUAGGAUCUAGCGGUGAAGUGAUUUACUCAGUAUUGACAGACACACAGCAGUUUGCCAUCAAUAGUUCUACUGGAGUAGUGUAUGUGGCUGACCAGCUAGACAGAGAAUCGAAAGCAAACUAUACACUAAAGAUAGAGGCCAGGGACAAAGCUGAGAUUGGCCAUCAGCAAUUUUCUGUUGUUUCUCUGAAGGUUUUUUUGGACGAUGUGAAUGAUUGUUCUCCAGCUUUCAUUCCAUCUAGCUACAGCGUGAAGGUCCUUGAAGAUCUGCCAGUUGGCACUGUAAUAGCUUGGCUAGAAACUCAUGACCCAGAUCUUGGUUUGGGAGGUCAAGUGCGUUACUCUUUGGUGAAUGAUUACAAUGGACGAUUUGAAAUAGACAAAGCUAGCGGCACUAUCCGCUUGAACAAAGAACUCGAUUACGAGAAACAACAGUUCUAUAACUUGACUGUGCGUGCAAAAGACAAAGGACGUCCAGUUUCCCUCUCUUCCAUUUCUUUUGUAGAGGUUGAAGUGGUGGAUGUUAAUGAAAAUCUCUACACUCCUUAUUUUCCUGACUUUGCAGUCAUUGGAACUGUAAAGGAAAACUCCCGCACUGGAACAAGUGUAUUGCAAGUGACAGCUCAAGAUGAAGACUCUGGAAGGGAUGGGGAGAUCCAGUAUUCCAUCAGGGAUGGCAGUGGCCUUGGAAGAUUUAGCAUAGAUGAAGAAACCG